AUGAUUCUGCGACGUCUCGAAGGAAAAUCUCAUUUUGCACAGCUUCUUCAAACCGGCAAGAAGACUACGUACUCGUACAUUGUGAUGACAUUGUUAGGAGAAAGUUUGGACAACAUUUUGAAAAAGGUUGGAAGAAUCUGCACAAUAUCAACACAAAUAAGGAUAGGAAUAAACACGCUUUAUGAAAUAAAGCAACUUCAUGACGUCGGGUUCAUACAUCGAGACCUCAAGCCGGGAAAUAUGGCACUUGGCUCUUAUGGAACCCCACAGCGCAGGUUCAUUCACAUCUUCGAUUUCGGACUAGCAAGGGAGUACAUCAUGGUGGAUAGAGAUGGUCGGACGAAAAUGCGGAGGCCACGACCAAGAGCUCACUUC